GAAGUAAAGCAUAAUGGCUUUAACAUAAUGUAUAUGAAAUUAUACUAUUAGUCAUUCUAUUGAGGAAAUUUUAGGAAGGCUAGGCUAAUUAGCUACUCAAACCAUUGUCCUGAUUUGACAUUUUUUGCAAAGCUAAUGAUGACAUCGGAUUUGUUUUUGUCAUUAUAGAUCCAUAGUUCCAUUUUAAAGAACCUCGCUUUUAAAACAUAUAUUUGUUGGAACUUGGAAGGGCAAUAUUGUCAAAAAAGGAGGGAGAAAAGUAGUUGAGAAUCUAAAUUACAAAAGAAAUAAAGAUAAACGAGAUGGAGAAUCCUGGAUAUAGAAAGAACUCCAAUCAUAAGAGGAGAAACAUGUUAAGUUGUCAGUAAAUUAGUUUAUUAAUUUUGUAUUAAGGAGGAGAUUGGGAAUCAAAUAUUUAAAAACUGUAAUGUUCAGUAAUUCAUGAAAGGGGAAAAUGAUUAUUUUUUAAGAAUAAUCUACAAUUCUGGACAAAAUGGGGAUAGAUUUUAUGUCACCAUAAAAACUUUGAGCCAUGUUCCCCGUUACUAACAAAACAUAAAUAUUUUCUCCCUUAUUUUGAAGCUAAAGAGAGGACAAAGGUACAAGAGGCCGCAGUUGAACAUCUAUGAAUAUUUUCUUGGCCAGUUUUGGUUUGUCAUUAACCACACUUCUAUUGUGUGACCCAGUGGAGAGUGCACAUCCUGACAAUGUGAACAUUAGGUUUUAGGCAUGACAAUAAAAACAUGGUUUACUGCAACCAAACUUUAAAAAAGCGUGCUCACAUUUAAUGAGCUGGCUCCAUCUCGCCCYGUGUGUCCCGAAUACACACGUCUUGCACGCUCUUCAUUAGUGACGCUUGUUUGUGAGUUCAAAACAGCUGCAUGUGAUCAUCUGUCAGCCACUUAGCAGGGUCUGCCUUGGCCAAUCAUUACCUGCUGGCUGCAAUAAAAACCAGCACACCCGACGCUACCAUGGGAGAAAGGUUAAACCAUAAAAACGUGUUUGAAAAAUGCACUGAAAAACACCUCCAACACACCCAGGUUAUAAAUGAGGCCACACAGCGCUCAGAAGGCACCUGAUUGGCUUGGUUUGACAGGUGAAGUCAUCUCUUACUGUAGGAGGGUCUGUGUGCUUACUGAUAAAAGAUACAAAAGUUUAUGGACACACUGAGAGCAGCAGUUCGUUGAUAAACGUUUGAACAGGCAUGCGGGUUGUGGACGGAGCUUUUCUUGAAUCAUUAACUGGUGAAGCAGCUUGAUUUUGAAAAAAAAAAGACCUGGUGGAAAGAGAAGUCGACAAAGCAAAGCUUGAAGGACAAAGACUGUGCUCUACUUGGUGAAAAAAAAGAGAAGAGCGAAGGAGUGGGAGAAAAAAACUUGAUAUCUGACGUGGGACAGACGUAUCAGAAGCUACAGAAUGGGUUCUCUUGCCCUUGAGCUGACCGGUAUUAGUCUGUCGGUGCUGGGUUGGAUUCUGUGCAUCGUCAGCUGCGCCCUGCCGAUGUGGAGGGUCACGGCCUUCAUCGGCGCCAACAUCGUCACCGCUCAGGUGUACUGGGAGGGUCUUUGGAUGAGCUGUGUGUUCCAGAGCACGGGACAGAUGCAGUGCAAAGUCUACGACUCCAUGCUGGCUCUUCCUCAGGACCUGCAGGCCGCCAGGGCCCUCACCGUCGUCGCCAUCAUCGUGGGAGUGGUGGCGCUCCUCGUUUCCUUGAUGGGGGCCAAGUGCACCAACUGCAUCGAGGAAGAGGGGGUUAAGGCGAGGGUGAUGAUCGCCUCAGGAGCGGGGUUCAUUUUUGCGGCCCUGGCGCAGAUCGUGCCCGUCUCCUGGUCGGCCCACACCAUCAUCAUCGAGUUCUACAGCCCGAUCGUCCCCAACGGGCAGAAAAUGGAGAUCGGUGCAGCGCUGUAUUUAGGGUGGGCCGCCGCAGGCCUGCUUCUGGUUGGUGGGGCCAUCCUCUGCUGCAGUUGCCCCCCACCAGAAGAGAAAACCCUGAAGUACAGCAUACCCCCUCAGAGUCGUAUGGGAUACUCGGCUGCCCCGAGGUCAACGGCUCAAAGCUCCUACAACAGAAGGGACUAUGUGUGAGGGGGAAAGGACCGAAGAGCGAUUGGGAGGYCUCAAGUCUCCUUUUGUGUCCUUUUAUUCCUGAUCAUCUGUACAUUCUCAGGAAAUUCACACUGAGGUGAACAUUUGAAACACGAAACAAACCCUUUAGAAUUUGGGAGUUUUUUCACAGUUCGUUGAUAAAUCGGUUUACACGUUAACUUAAAGUCUGAUGAGAAAAAGAAAAAAAUAAAGAGAAUAUUUUAAAAAGUAGAAAGUGGUUUAUUGUCUAAGCUUUUUGAGGGUUUUUUUUUUACAUAAGCUGAGUAACAGAACUACGGAGCACGCUUCAGGCUCCAAAUGAACGUUAAAAUGGCCGAAUGGGCCAUAAAUGAAGAUUUAUGAUUUUAUGUUUCAUUUCUAUCACAUUUCUGCUUUUCAUGUCAUUGCGUUCAGGUCUGUUUUAUUUUAUUGUUAAUAUAUAAGUUUUAUUAAAGUUUCUUUUGUUUAUUAUGUAGCAAGUUUGGCAAAUUUACUGGAAGCUGAAUUGAAGUUUUGUGAUAAAAGUGACUAUGACUGCAAACGUUUUUGUUUUUAGAUCUUCUGCUGAUGAUUUGUGUAACUUUUAUAAUAAAAUCACGAAGGUUUCAAA